GUUUCUUUCGUGGAAAUGAUAUCUACUUCGGUCAAUUAAAACAAGAACGGUCAUCAUCCCUCGGUAUUGUGUUGGUGAUCUAGGAACUGGGUGGUGAUAUAACUAGCACGAAUGCCAUCGUCAUAUGCAUAUAUCAACCAAAUUUGCCUCUCACUCACACAUUCUCUCCCAAUAUGACCAUAGUCUCAAAUGAUCCCUCUUGGUGGCCGCUAUUUUAUAGGCUCGUGGAGAGCAGUCAAAUAUUAAAGCUGACACAAUCUAACCUUGGCUACGUUUUCCCAGUUGCCGCCGUUGUUGGAGUGGUGUAUGACUGGGCCCUUACAUUUGGACAAGAGGUUGAAUUGGUCUGGCCCUGGGCCGGCCCAAGCCGGGCCCAGCCCAGGCCUAAGUCACGGCCUGAGCAGGGCUUAGGCCUGGGCUUGGAUUCAGAAAAGCCUAAGCCAGCGGCUUUGAUCAUAUUCACACAAGAAAGAAAGGAAAAUUUGUCUGCUAUGGGCACCGUGCUAUUGCUCUUGCACACAAACAUAACUGGGAUGCUGUGCUUGAAGAUACAAACCAGGCAAUUCAGCAUGUGGGCUGCAGCUUGCAUGGGCCCAAGCCCCGGCUUUGGGCCGGCUUGGGCUCAUGGCUCAGGCUUGAAAUCUGGUGAGCCUAAGCCCCCCCAGGCCGAGCCUAAGCCAGGGCUUUGA